AUGCGUAGAAUUAAUUGGUGUCCAGGCGGUCCGGGACCCAACUUACCUAUUACCUUUUUAUACCCGGGACUCAACUUACCGCUUUCAAAACGAACCCGCGGACCCAAUUUACCUAGCUCCGACGGCCGGUGGGUGUCCGGGAUACUCAAUUCCUGUUGCAAGGCUCCCCCCCUUCGUCCCCUUGCCGAGGGCGAAGCAACCACCUUCUUCGGAGCCCAGGUUGAUUUCAACGCCGUUCCUCCACUGUCCACCCUCGCUGAAAUCAUAGCCAUCGGUCUGCGUAUUGCCAGGAGCAAGCUCGCACCUUGGCAGUGGAUCGAUGCGCUGAAGACUUUUUUCUACCCCUCAACCGUCCAUUUACAACGGUUGGGGACGUUCCCCAAGACAGAAUGGGCUAGGGUGGACAAGAUCCUUCGGCCGGAAAUCAAGGCUACACUCUACCUGCCGCAGGAGGCGUUGGGGGAGUACCUGUACAGGUCCACGAAGAGAGGGUGCUGCGGAAUCCGUAUCCUCGCCGAGAGCUCCGAAAUCGCGGCGGUGGACAGCGGGUUCAAGCUGGUUACUUCCCCGGACCUGAGGGUGGCUAGUGAUGCGGCGGAUCACAGAGGGUGCUGCGGAAUCCGUAUCCUCGCCGAGGACUCCGACAUCGCGGCGGUGGACAGUGGGUUCAAGCUGGUUACUUCCCCGGACCUGAGGGUGGCUAGUGAUGCGGCGGAUCACGUGCAGGAAGUCACCAGGUGGAGGAUCAGCAAGGACCCCUCCAUCCAAGAGGUGGCCUCAUACCUUUCGGGUGAGGAUGAGGGCGUGUUCCGGGUGGUCCGGGGCUCGGGGGUCACUAGUGUGUGGUCAAGGGCGCGGAACGUCUCCAAGCGACUUGGUGUCAAGUGGUCGUUGGAUGGUGCUCCCUCCAUCGCACACAAAGGCACGGUGUUGGGUGGAAAGCAUAGGCGGGCGGUCAUGAGAACCGUACGCGACACUCUGCGGCUCAAACGAAGCGACGCCUUGAUCGUGAAUCCAGAUCAAGGUAGGGCCGUAGAGUGCGUGGCCGCUCACUCUGUUUCCUCCCAUUUCCUGAGAGAUGGCGACUUCACGUGGUCCGCCGACUGGCGCUUUGUCCAUCGCACCAGGCUGAACAUCGUGCCGUUGAAUGGCUCCUCGUCCUGGCAAGCCGGUGACCGUAGGUGUAGACGAUGUGAGUACAUAAAUGAAAGCCUAUCCCACGUCGUCGACCACUGUAUGCGGUACACCGUGCUCUACAUGGCGAGACACAACUCCAUAGUUGCCAGGAUCAAGAAGGCAGCGUCUACGAGGUUUGAGGUCUUCUCCGAGAAUCAGGUCCUGGGCAACCAGGGCUUGAGACCGGAUUUUGUUUUGAAGAAGGGCCCUAACAUUUUCAUCGUGGACGUCACCGUGCCUUUCGACAACGCGGCAGCGGAGAAAAAGGAGAAGUAUGUACGUCUUUGGGCCGAGUUGGCACUGCAGCAUGGGUGCGAGGCAGUGGUCGUUCCGUUCGUGGUUGGCGCCCUUGGCUCGUGGGAUCCCGCCAACGAACCCUUCAUGAGUGUUGCGUAG